GUUGUAGACUGUAGUGUUGUUGUUGGUGGCGCUCGCAGCUCACUGAUUUUUGGCCCCGGGCUCCUACCUAUAUGAGAGCCCCAGAUUUUUGGCACGAGGAGAGCUGAGCUGGUGGGGGGCAAAAAGCGGAGGACGGACGGAGGCGCAUUCAUGAGCUCCCUGUAUGGUAUCUCCUGCUUCGCCGCCGGCCUUGCUGGCAACAUCUUCGCGCUCGCCCUCUUCCUGUCGCCGGUGCCGACGUUCAAAAGGGUGGUGAAGGCCAAGUCGACGGAGCGCUUCGAUGGGCUGCCCUACCUGCUGUCCCUCCUCAACUGCUGCAUCUGCCUCUGGUACGGCCUCCCCUGGGUCUCCGACGGCGGCAGGGCCCUCGUCGCCACCGUCAACGGCACCGGCGCGCUGUUCCAGCUCGCCUACAUUUCGCUCUUCGUCCUCUACGCCGACAGCACCAGGACGCGGCUCAAGAUCGUGGGGCUCCUGGCGCUCGAAGCCUUCGUGUUCGCGGUCAUCGCGCACGCGAGCAUCGCCUUCUUCGAACAGCCGGCUCGGCAGCUGUUCGUUGGCUGCGUGAGCAUGGCGUCUCUGAUCUCCAUGUUCGCCUCCCCACUGGCCGUCAUGGGUUUGGUGAUCCGGACCGAGUGCGUGGAGUUCAUGCCCUUCUACCUGUCCCUCUCCACCUUCCUGAUGAGCGCCUCCUUCGCAAUGUACGGGCUUCUGCUGCUCGAUUUCUUCAUAUACCUCCCCAAUGUCAUCGGAGUCGUCCUGGGAGCAAUGCAGCUGGUGCUGUACGCUUACUACAGCAGGAAAUGGAAGGGCAGCGAAUCGUCUGCGCCGUUGCUCGCCUGAUCAAAACCGAACUGAUCAGUCAGCUGGGUGUGCCGGCGCGCGCUGGGAUUCAGGAAGAAAGAGGAGGGCGAUGGGUGUUUUCUAGGGGAGUGAGAGAUGCCACUAGCUGUCCGUAUCUGUGGUUGGUGCAGGGGUGGAACAGAAGGAAAACACAUCCAUCCGAAUACCCUUCCUCCUGAGUAUCAACAUGUUGGUAGUGCAGUUUUGUUUCGGGAUAUAGUUGUUGUUUCGUGUUGUGCCAGGUUGACUUUUAAAACUGUGUAUCGUAACGUUGCAACUCGCUUA